CGCCAAGCCAGCAACGCAAUUCAAUGAGCACGCCUGGCUAACAAAAUGGCCGAUCGUUUAAUAAUAUGUCAAUACUAGUUGUAUGUCAAAAAAUAUUUUUUUUGAUAAAAGUACAAUAUAUAUCUUAAAAACUAUAACCUAAAAACUGUUAAUAUAAGUUUAAAAUGUCUUGGCCAAUACCGCCAGCUGGUCCAUGGAAUCCAGGUAUUCCUGUUCAACCAGUUCCGCCUAUUCAGACUAUUCAGUCUGUUCAGCCGGUUCAGCCAAAUAUGAAUAUGGGAUCAUAUACUCCUGAACAAUGGUCAGCCAUGCAACAGCAAAACUGGCAACAGUGGGCUCAAUGGCAACAGCAAUACGCACAGUGGCAAAGUCAAUAUGGAGAAAAGUAUGAACAACAAAUGCAGGCUAUGCAAUCUAUGGGGGGAUUCAUGCCCCCUUUGCCGCCUGUCUCCGCUCCGCCACCGGCGCCUCCACCGCCAGAGAAUCCACCACCCCCUCCACCCCAUGAGAAUAAUCAGCCCCUCUAUAUACAGAAAAACCAACCAGCACCAGUUCCUGCACCAAAUAAUAACAAUGUUAGUGUUGGUGCAGGACCCUUUAGUAAUACUAGUGCCAAUUCUGGAACAGGUAAUAAUAAACAAUGGUAUGGUUCAGAGAAACCUGAACAACAAUCAACCAUUGACAAUGAAGCUUUAAAGAAGCUAGCAGAGGAGCAGAGACUUUUUGACAUUCAGUUUCAGAAAUGGGAAGAAGAGAUUGAGAAGUGGAGACAGGAGAAUGUAAACCAUCCAGAUAAGGAGGCAUAUAAAGAAUAUGAGCAAAAGUUUGAGGCGUGUCGGGCACAACUUUUAGAGCGACGGCAGCAGAUGAUCCAAAAGAAAGCUCGACUACUAGGUAAAGAUCCAACGGCAGCAAAUAACCCAAUAACAGGUAAUAUUUCUACUGCAGUUCCACCUCCAUUACAGAACAUGAAUAAAAAUAACUUUAAUCAAAGUAAUGUGCCUAAGCAGGAUUAUAAAAGGGCUGGUCAGAAUUAUACAGAUCAAGGUAAUGCAAAUCCUUCUUAUAAUCCGUACAACCAACCUCCUCCAUCUGGCUAUAAUAGAAAUGUCAACAAAAAUAUUAACCCACAUGAUAAAUAUCAGCAUGAGGCAGGCAAUUAUUCUGCAGCUAACAAAUAUUCUCAUAAUGAUAACUAUUCUGGUAAUGAUAACUACACUGAGAAUGAUGCCUAUAGGAAUAAUUACUCCGAGAAUGAUAAUUAUUCUGGGAAUGAUAACUAUUCUGUUAAUGAUAAUUAUCCUGGAAAUGAUAAUUACUCUGCUAAUGAUAAUUACGUGGGUAAUAAUGACGGUUAUCCUGAAAAUAAUGGCGAUUAUCCAGGUAAACCAGAUAAUUCCACAUUCUUACCUGCAAAUAGAUCCAGUGCUGGUAUUCCAGGAUUAGACUUGGUACCUGAAAAAGAUAAAACAUUACCACAAUCACAUGAGGUGAUUGACAUAACUGAUGAACCUGUAAAAAGUCAGGAGGUGAGAGGACCUGAUUAUUCAACUAUAUCUAAGGGAAUAAAAAAUAUACUUGGAGAUGAAAAAAUUAUGAAUAUGUUGUCAAUGGUUCGUGAUCAGACUAUGAUUGGUAAUCAAAAUAAGAGUACUCCUAAUGUGCCAAUGAAUACAAAUAUCCAGAAUAUGGUACCAAACAACCAAUGGGAUAGGAAUGCUGGUAAUUUCAACCAGCAAGUUGUUGACAGACAGAUGCCUUAUGGUAGACAAGAUUUCAAUUAUCCAACUCAACCCAACCAAGAAACAAAUUAUCCACCACAAAGAAGAGAUAUUCCGCCACCUCAGAAUAGGCCAUUUGAUGAUCAAAAAGUAGCACCUGGUCAAGACCGCUAUUAUGAUAGAAAUAAUCAAUAUGGCCCUCCUGGGAUGAAUCAUAAGGGUCCACUAAUACAAGACAAUAUGGCGCAACCAAGACCUUUAAUGGAACUGAGACCAUUGAUUGAUAAUAAUAGAAACAUUCAAGAUAAUAGAAGCAUGCAAGGUAAUAGGGGCAUGUUAGAUAAUAGAGGCAUGCCAGAUGAUAAUAUAGACAUGUUAGACGAUAAUAGAGGUAUGCCAGGUGAUAAUAGAAGCAUACCAAAUAAUAGAGGUAUGCCAGAUAACAGAGGUAUGUCAGAUAACAGAGGUAUGUCAGAUAACAGAGGUAUGCCAGAUAGUAGAGGCAUGCCAAAUAAUAGAGGCAUGCCAAAUAAUAGAGGCAUACUAGAUAAUAGAGGUAUGCGGGAUGUUGAGGACAUACAGAAUGUUAUGCCCAUCCAUAAUAACCAACAAAUAAUCAAUCAACCUCCAAGGCCGAAGUGGGUUGAAGAACCAAUGUUCACUCCAUCCCUAAUAGUUGAAUAUGAACACAAGCCUUUAAGACUUAAAGCUCGUGACUUCAUUGAACCUGUACACAUGUUCGAUUACAACCACAAAUCAAAAGACGGUGAAACCAGAGACGAUUUUGAAAAGGAAGUUGUCGAUUUGUUUACAAGGAAACCUAGGAGACCUGAAGUGGAUGAUGAUUAUAUGAACGCUGAUAGAUAUACAAGAGAUCAGUAUUCCAGAGAUUAUGAGAGGCGGGCGCCAAGAAAUGAUUAUAGAGAUGAUUAUCGUCCAAGGAUACCGCCUAGAGACGAAUUUGAUGAUAGGCGAAGGUUUGAUGAUAGGCAUGAUGAUAGAAGGCACGAUGAUCGCGACAGAAACGCUAGGCGCGAUGAUAUGUACAAAGACAGAGAACGGGAUAGAGACAGGGACAGAGAUAGGGAGAGAGAAAGGGAUAGAGAUAGGGAAAGGGACAGAGACAGGGAAAGAGAUAGGGAGAGAGAUCGGGAAAGGGAGAGAGAGAGGGAUCGGGACAGAGAUAGGGAGAGAGGAAGAGACAGAGAUACGUUUAGAGAUAGAGACACGUUUAGAGAUAGAGACACAUUCAGAGACAGAGACACAUUUAGAGAUAGGACCAGAGAGAUUAAGAGAGACGACGAUAGAAAUAGGAGUACUAGUAUCGAUAAAGAUCGUAAGAGAGGGCGUAGCAAGGAGAGUGAUGUUAGUGAAAGCUCAGAAUCGAAGAAGCUGAAAGAUUUAAAACAGAAACCACCCAGUCAUAUUGUGAUGAUUGAUGAUCUCUUGGAGAUGCCCGGGCGGGCGAUGCGGCCGGAGAAAAUUGUCAUCAUACUUAGAGGUCCGCCUGGCAGUGGUAAAUCAUAUUUAGCUAAAUUAAUCAGAGAUAGGGAGGCAGAGCAUGGUGGCACAGUUAGAAUCUUGUCAAUAGAUGACUAUUUCAUGCAGGAAGGCGAGAUAGAAGAGAAGGAUCCAGCUACCGGCAAAAUUUUAAAAAAAAUUACUAUUAAACACAAUUAUGAAGAGAGUUUAGAGGACACAUACCUUAAUUCAAAGAGAACUAUUACUGAUGGUUACUUCACAUUUUUAAUAUACGACGCCACGAAUGAACACUUACGAUGUUACGCAGAUAUAUGGAAUUAUGCCCGACAGAAUAGUUUCCAGGUUUACGUUUGCACGCUGGAGCUAGACGCACAAACGUGCUUUAAAAGGAACAUCCACAAUCGUAGCUUGGAAGACAUUCAAGUUAUAGUGACGCGCUUCUUCGAAACGCCAGCACAUCACAUACAACUGGACCCCACCACGUUACUCCAGAGCGCGGCUAUCACUGAGGUUCAGAUGGAGGACGCCGUGGAUGAUGUAGUCAUGGAGGAUGUCGAAGAAACUGAGGUGGAAAGCGUUUUUACUUCCAAGUGGGAGCGAAUGGACGACGCCGCGCAACUAGCCCGCCUCGACGGGAUCAGUAAGCCGCUACGACCAUCGCACCUCUCAAUGGAAGACUACCUUCAGUUAGACGACUGGAAACCGAACGUUGCUAAACCUGGCAAGAAAACUGUACGCUGGGCCGAUAUAGAAGAAAGAAUACAGCAGGAGAAGAUGCGCGCAAUCGGUUUUGUUAUCGGCCAAACGGAUUGGACUCGUAUGACGGAUCCUACUAUGGGCUCUAGCGCUCUCACUCAAACAAAGUAUAUAGAAAGAGUGAGACGCACAUAAAAAAAAUAUUUAAUUGCUCUAAUACGCAGGGUUGACACAACGUCAUGUAGGGUACAGAAGUACAAGUAUGGUUGUGGAUGACGGAAUGAAUGAUUAAAAAAUCAUUGUAUGUAAAUUAUUUAUAAUAUUAUAUUUGUGAGUGUGUAUGGUGUGAACAGAAGUAUUUUUUUUAAUGGAUGAUAAUGGAAUGGUCACCACGCCUGCGCUAUCGGUAUACACUGGUGGGACACCAGUGAAGGGUGAUAGAUUAUGAUAAAGCAAAUCAGUUAGCCCAUUGUGACAAAUCGAACAAUAAAUCAAUUACGAUGGGUUUCCACGUAGAAUCGAGGGGAGGGUAUAUUGCUAACAAUGGGAUUAUUAAUAUUCAUCACUAACAUUCCCUCCUCUACCAGGGGGUAGAGGAGAGCAGAGGAUAACAGAAGUGGCGUUUCAUUUUUAACAGACAAAUAAACAGUUAUUUUAAAAUGGGAUAUAAUUUUUAUAUUGAAAUGCAAAGAAUCAUGUGAUUGGAAUUGUCUCAAUGAUUUAUGAAUUCAUCACCAUCAUCACCUUCCUAUCCUUAUCCCAAUUAUUAUUUGGGGUCGGCAUAAUAUGUUUUCUUCUUCCAUUCUUUUCUAUUCCCAGUUAUUUCCGCAUUCACUCCCAUUCUGGCCAUAUCGUCUUUCACACAAUCCAUCCAUGUCUUUUUAGAUCUUCCUGUGCUCUUAUAGCCAUCUACAUUCAUUCUUAAUACUUUUUUUAAAAUAUGAUUAAUGAAUUAUUGGUACAUUAUAGCAACAAUAUCUGUGUCAAUUUGAAUUCACUGUGAGUGCAGUAACAGUCUGCUUUCUGAAUGCGCUAAGGUUUCAUGUCCAAAACCUUACAAUAGUUAGCUCACAUUUUUAAAUAAAUAGCAACCCUAAAUGUAAAAACAUCGUAAAGUUCAUUUUUUUGUAUUAUUUUUGAAAUUACAAAGACUUUAUAUAUAUAUAUAUAUAUAUAUAUAUAUAUAUAUAUAUAUAUAUA